GGAAAGCGCCUAAUCAGUUUGGAGGGGGUUUAUAUAAAAACGUUUAUUGUGCUAUGUGCAACCCAUAUAGAGCUCUAGAAAUAACGAUUGAUAAGUGUCCAGGUAAUUCUAAUGAUGUAGAUCAUUGUGAUUUUUUCCCAAAAGUUUACUUCUAUGCCCCCUACAAGAAUCUCCAUUGUGGAAUCUGCAACGGCAUGGGGAUGGCUGUGAUGAAAGGGGAACAUGGUGGAAUUGAAGAAGAAGAAGAGAAGUUGGUAUCAAAUUCCCUUGUUUGGUAUCCUUUGCUGCGCAGUUUGUUUUCCGUCAGUGAUGAUUAUGAGGAUAUGGAAUUCAAUCCGCUGAUGAAUCCGAUCUGUUCAAGUGACCAAAUCUACGACCCAUUCCAUGAAAUCUGCAGGAAUAUAACAUGUUUUCCCGGAAAAUAUUUAUCUCAUGGAGAAAAAUGCAUCCCGCUAUUUUCAGUUACCAAAAAUCUUCGAUAUAAUUUGGAUAUAGAAUUUAAGGGAAUUUCUAAGUACAAGAUAUCAGAGGAAAAUAUUCAAGAUUUAAUCACAGACUUGAUACCAUUCAGAAUUAAGAAAACCGUAAAACUAACGCAAAAUAUUUAUUUCAAUAUCUUCCGAAUGGACACUAGCCUGGCAGACUCUGAACAAGAGAACAGAAUAUGGCGCUCAACAAUGCCAAGAGAUCUCAAGUUGCGCUUCUUCAUAGCCACAGUUGAGUCUAUUUUGCUGUAUGGCUGUGAGAUCUGGACUUUAACAGUAGCCCAGGAGAAGUCACUAGAUGGAACAUAUACAGAGAAUGCAACAAGCUUGGAAUUGCUUCCGUCAUCCAGAGCUCAGCGCACAAUCACUGGUACUUUUGGACCCAAAUUACGGACGCUGCGGAGGAUGAAGACCCAAGGCCACAUUUUUAGACACACUUAA